AUGGGCUGGCUUGUAUUCCUCCUGGUCUACAUCCCGUUACAGUGCACCCUUGAUCUGUUUGGGUUUGCGGCCUUGUACUACUACUACCCAGCAGCAUAUGGAGCAGGAGUCCUCAUUGAAAGGAUGACAAAAGCUCCGGGGCUGUCCAAGGAGAAGGUUCAAAUCGUUCGUCUCGAUUGGCAUCGAUUCAAGCUCUGUGUGGAGCAACAGACCAAGCAAGGGAGAUGGUGCGGGUCUGCUCUGUACGUGAACCUCCCGCACAUCGACAUCCCUAGCACUGGAUUGAAGCAUUGGCCAUGGAAGCAGUACGACUUUCUGCGCCAUCUUCUGCGAUGGGUCUACAAAGACAAGAUCGUUGGUGUACAAACAUGCGACGCUCGAGAAUUUUGGCAUCUGUUGAGAUGUACUUGA